CCAAGCCAUUGUGAUGUACAUACACCCCCUCUGCCUACUACCCCCGCCCCUUACCCCAUCUACCCCCUUGUUGUUCUUCUUCUCCCUCUUUCUUCGCACUUCACUUCACUCACACCCGAGUCUCACACACUCCUCCCGCUACAGUAGUGAUCGGCUCCACACUUGCACGCGUGUUUCACUGACUGAGCGCCGCUGGAAACAAUGGGAACGGAACCGCUUUGUGUCGGACAGAGACUGACGCUCUUCUCUGUGCUUGUUUAGGACUUUCUGCUGAUAGUCUCAUAUAUUCAGGAUCUCAUUGUCUCGUUUAACACAAUGGGCUGCUGCAGCGGACGGUGCACCCUUAUAUUUCUGUGCACGUUUCAGCUGAUGGUGGCAUUAGAGAGGCAGGUGUUUGAUUUCUUGGGCUACCAGUGGGCUCCUAUCCUUGCAAACUUCUUCCACAUCCUUGUUGUCAUCCUGGGCUUGUUUGGCACCAUUCAAUAUAGACCUCGCUACAUUGUGGUGUAUACUGUGUGGACAGCGCUGUGGGUGACCUGGAAUGUCUUUAUCAUCUGCUUCUACCUGGAGGUUGGAGGUCUAUCAAAGGACAGCGACCUCUUGACCUUUAACAUCUCGGCACACCACUCCUGGUGGAGCGAGCAUGGGCCAGGCUGUGUCCGAAGAGAGAUCCCUGCCAGCGGAAACCGUAGCGCAGACGCACAGUCCUAUAUAUCCAUCAUGGGCUGCCUGCUGGAGUACCAGUACAUUGAAGUCCUGCACAGCAGCUUCCAAAUCCUUAUCUCUCUGCUGGGUUUCAUCUACGCCUGCUACGUCAUCAGUGUCAUCACAGAGGAGGAGGACAGCUUUGAUUUUAUUGGUGGAUUUGAGCCAUUCCCACUCUACCAUGUCAAUGAGAAACCAUCUCAUCUUCUGUUAAAGCCUGUGCAUCAGUCUUCGUAAAUGAAAGUGUGUUGUGAAGAAGAGCCGCUCUGCCCAUUCGUCCUCUCUGCUCCUCACCUCCUGCCUCUCCUCUGUUUAAAACGCUUCCUAAUCGCCCUAAAUCAGCCCUUUCUGGAGUACUGGAGAAUUGGCUCUCUGACUCCCAGCUCUGGACAAAACACAGCUGCUCCAUCAGACGCUCUGGCACAUUGUUCCAGCUGCCUCAUUUAGACGCUCUUACAAGUGGAUGUAAAACAUAUCCAAACAAAAAGGCCCAGUAUUUUGUUGGUGUGGUGUGUGGUCCAUGCGUGCGAGUUAUUCAAGGGGAGGUCAGAUGUUGAGGUUCACCGAGUUCCAGCUCUGUUUGUGUGUGUGUGGAGGAGGGCCACUGUGUGCUGUUUACCUUCACACUGGAGGAUUUGCACAGUAAAACUGAGCAGGGAGCCGAGACGAGGAAAACGGGUGCUGCCCUAAAAAAAAAAAAAGACAAAGCAAGCUGACCUCUUGUGGCAGUCAAAAAUAGAAACAAAGGAAGUGUAAAAUAUAAAUACAAGAAACAAUUAUAGCUUUUCUGAGUUGUUUUGUGUCAUAGUUUGAUGUACAAUUCUCAUAAUUCACUGUCAAAUUCAGUUUUAGUCUUUUUUGUUUUUGUUUUAAGACUUUAUUUAUAUGCAGUGAACCCCAAAUCACUGUAAUUGGACACUCAAAUCACACUAAACAAUGUAUAAUAGUCAUUCAAUUAGAUCAAAUAUACAUUUGGCUGAUUUGUUUUCAGAUGCUUAUUAACUGAUUUGCAUCUAAUGCAAUGAAAUUAGUGCAUUUUCAGUGUUUUGGGGUUACUGUGCAUGCUGUCAGUAUUUUUAAUGUUAAUAAUCAUCAUUUAUUGCACAAUGUGUUUGUAUCAGCCUUUAGAUCGAACAG